AUGGAAUGUUCACAUUUAUUAGAUAACAUCAAGGUAGAUGAUUUCAACGUUGAGGACACGGCGAUCACAAAGAACUUUAACUGUUCAGAAUGUGCUGUAGAGGAUCAGAACUGGUUAUGCCUGCAAUGUGGAGCUGUGAACUGUGGCCGUUAUGUCAAUGGCCAUGCAAAACAGCAUGCAGAAUCCUUGGAUCACCAGCUUUGUAUGAGCUGUGAUGUCUUUUCUGUUUACUGCUAUAAAUGUGAUGAUUAUAUUUCAAAUGAUCUGGAGUAUAAACCAAUAGAUAAAAUAAGGCAAAGUAUUAUGCAUCUUCAAAAGCAGAACAACAUAGAAGUGAAUGGAAAGACAGAACAGAGUGAAGAGAGUAAGGAUGACAGUGAUGCUGGUAACAGUACCAUUUCAAGUGUAUCUAUAGUGGAGAAACCCUCAUCACCAAUUCGUAGUGUCAAUGGUUGUACAGUACCUGACGUUGUACCAACUAGCUCUUUUAGUGAAUUACCAAAUGCUGCUCUGGAGAGUAGCGAAAGUAAACCAUCAAAAAGUAUAAAGGGUGAAGAACCAGUAAGAAGUCUAAGGCCCCGUUCGCGGAAACGGACACAUUCUGAUGAUAGUAGUUCUACAGAAAGCACAACCCAAGCGCCUAGAAACAAGGAGAAGAAAAGCUCAUGCAAUGGCAAAAGUUUACGAGAAAAAAAGAUAGUAGGAUUAAAAAAUUUAGGAAAUACAUGUUUUAUGAAUGCAGUGCUGCAGAGUCUUAAUAAUAUACAAGAGUUCAGUUGUUAUUUUAGUCAACUACCAUCUUUAGAAUUGAAGACAAAUGGACGAAAGGUGUAUCACUCAAGGAGUUACACACGACAAGAGAUGCAUGAUGUAGUCAUGGCAGAAGAAUUAAGAAAGGUAUUAAUAAACUUGAACAGUGGCUGUGGAGCAAAAGGCGCUAUAUCUCCUGAAUGUCUGUUCCUCGUUAUCUGGAAAGUAGUUCCAAGAUUUCGUGGUUAUCAGCAACAAGAUGCACAUGAAUUUUUACGUUAUAUGCUAGAUAGAUUACAUACAGAACUACAGCAGUUACUACCGGCUGAUAGGACGGAAGUCGGCUACGUGCCACGAGCGCCUUCUGCGUCUAUCGUCACGGCGGUAUUCGGAGGUACUCUACAGAGUGAAGUGAGAUGCUUGGCGUGCGGCACGGAGAGCAAGAAGUUCGACCCGUUCCUGGAUCUGUCGCUGGAGCUGCCCGACACCGGCGCGGCCGUCGCUCUCGCCGACUGCCUCGCCAGCUUCGUGCAGGUGGAAGAGUUAGCGGACACGGAACGUUAUUUUUGCAGCAGUUGUAAGUGUAAACAGAAGUCAACCAAACAAUUCUGGAUACGCAGAUUACCUAAUGUUCUAUGUUUACAUCUGAAGAGGUUCCGGUGGCAUAAUUUCUAUAGGACUAAAGUGGAUACGAGCAUAUCGUUCCCGCUGCGAGCUCUGGACAUGUCUCGGUUCGUGCUGAGCAACGUGCCCGACACGCGCCGCUCGGGCCGCGGGAACAACCUCUACGACCUCGCCGCCGUCAUCGUGCACCACGGCUCUGGAGCGGGAUCAGGUCACUACACGGCGUUCGCGAUCAACGAGGAGCAGUGGUUCCACUUCAACGACCAAUCGGUGCGGGCGUCGGACGCGACGGUCGUGGCGGGCUGCAAGGCCUACAUCCUGUUCUACAUUCGCCGCGAGCCCACGUGA